AUGUUACGCCACUGUCGCACACAUCCAAUCAGCUGUUUCUGUUUCGUUUCCCGCAGGUAUCGUGCCCGUCAGAUCAUCGCCGAUUUUGCGUCUGCUUUCGUUCUCGUACAAAAAUUACACCUGUGGCGUAAGAAUUGACAGUAACGACGAAUUUUAAUCGACACGCGUCGCACGUACCGCGUCGCAACGUAAUUAACAAGAAAAGAAACGGUCUCUCGAUGGAGAAGAUCGCCGAGAUGAACGUCUAACCUCACUUUUCAGCCGCUAGGUACAUCGAGCAACCAUGUAAAUCGUUGAACGCACUCCAAUGUAUCAUUCAAGCCGAUCGCACGGCAGGAAAAGUUCAUCGACGUUCCUCUCUGCGAGAUAUCGGGGCACAUCGGGUCGUUAUUCCCAAAGUGUCAUCCUCGAUGAAAUUUCUCGCGGGAUCUCAUCGCCGCGACACUUUCGAAAGCCUGUAGUACCGGUGCUCGGUGUUGACGUUUCUGUCGGUUCGAACACGACACGAUGACCGAGAAAUCCAGGAAGAUAGUGACCAGAUUUCACCCGAUUCACGGGGAGAAUAUCAUGCUGAGAGAGGAUAACACCGUGGCGUAUCGCACAGCGAGUUUUGCAAAUUCUCUUGCAUUCAGCGAGAAGCCGCUGCAGCCAGGUGAAAUAUUCUUGGUGGAGAUUGAGAAGACUGAGAGAGGAUGGAGCGGGCACAUGAGACUGGGCUUGACUCUCAUAGAUCCUGCCUCUGUAAACGACAGCCUGCCACAGUUCGCUAUGCCUAAUCUUGCUAAGCUGGGUAAUACAUGGAUAUUUGCCAUUACCAAGAGUCACACCAUAUGGGACAGUUUCGAAGGCUACGGCGAGGGGAUACCAUCUGGAGAGAAGAAAUUGAUCACAGAUGGAGUAAAUGUGCAAACAUCUCGUGGAGUUAUUCCAUUUAAUGCUCUCAGACCAAACACAAUUGACUCUUCUCAGUACAUCCUACCUACUGAUGCUGGUAGUCGUAUUGGGAUUAUGUACGUGCCACAAGCUGGUUCGGACAAGGCAGAAAUGCAUUUUAUAAUUAACGGCGAAGACCAAGGUGUAUGUGGAAAAGACAUACCAUAUAAGGCAGGACCUUUACGCGCUGUAGUGGAUGUGUACGGUACCACGAAACAAGUCAGAAUAGUUCAGCUAUAUGGCGUAUCUACUCUACAAAGUGCCUGCCGAGAUGCUAUACUACAGUAUACUAAAAGGAACGCAGUUAAUUUGCUUCCACUUCCACGGGUUCUAAAAGAUUAUCUGUUGUACCAAUCGCAAUGAAAUUCACAUGAUUCCACCUUGUCUUUCAAUCGUAUCUCUCAGCUCGUUUGUAUAGCCAUUUCAAUACUCGCAUAAUUUCAUUGACAAUUCAAUUUUUCUACAACUUGCAAUGCAUUUAUCACGUAAAUUCAUUCUAGUUUAUUUUAUUCUAAAACGGACGAAUGAAACACAAUAGCAUGAAUUUGAAAUUGCUUUCAUUCUUCUAGUUAGCUGUUAGUUCUCUCACUUUUCUAACGUGUAUAAUUUAUCAUGUAUGUAGUACAUGUACUUCGCGUGAAUGCUAGGCUGUAUCGUGUAUGUAUAUAAUGUAAGAAGUUGUUGACAAAGCACCGAGUAAAUUCUGAUAAGCGGAGGUGUAUCUUGUUUUUUUCUAAUUCUCGCAUUUAGCACUUAUUAGCGAUUACACUUUGACUGUAUCAUUCGCUAGGAUUAUCCAUACAUUUCAUGCCGCAUGUAAAUCUAUAUAAAAUUUCAUCUAAAGUAAGUUUCACUCGGGACUAUCGAGGUAUGUCGUUCUUUUUCUAUUGUUACAAGUCAUUGUAUGUAACGAGGACAUUGUAAGAUGAACUUGAUCUGUUAACAAAC